UUUACCUCCGCCCUGCGGCGCGACAGGAAGUUUGCUGUAAAACAACAACGGAAGCUGGCUUUAUCCCAGAGAUGGAUUAAAACUAAAACCUGCGCGUUGUUGUUGAGCGUCAGACUUUUCCCGGGAUGUCGAGCGCGACGAGGAGCGGAGACAUCGUCCACCUGAAUGUCGGAGGGAAAAGGUUCAGCACCUCCCGGCAGACGCUCACAUGGGUUCCUGACUCCUUUUUCUCCAGCCUUCUGAGCGGUCGGAUCUCGACUCUGAAGGAUGAGACUGGCGCUAUCUUCAUCGACCGGGACCCCUCUCUCUUCGCUUCCAUUCUCAACUUCCUGCGGACGAAGGAGCUGCACCCUCGCUCUAUCAACGUGCACAUGCUGAUGCAUGAAGCAGAGUUCUAUGGCAUCACGCCCCUGGUUCGUAAGCUGCAGCUGUGUGACGAGUUGGACCGAUCGUCCUGUGGCAACGUGCUGUUCAACGGCUACCUGCCUCCACCCGUGUACCCAGCGAAGCGGCGUAACCGUCACAGUGUGGCAGGAUCCCAGUUCGUGGCGGGCAGAGUGGUUCCUGGGGAGCGGGUGCCGGUUAGACGUAGUAACACCAUGCCCCCCAACCUGGGGAAUGCUGGGAUACUGGGCCGAGCCAGCACAGAGGAGAGGUCGUCUGGAGGUCAGGUAUCAGAUCCUGGCCUGGUCCGGAUCAUCUGUGGUCAUCACAACUGGAUCGCCGUGGCCUACACGCAGUUUGUCGUCUGCUACAGGGUGAAGGAAUCAACCGGCUGGCAGCAGGUCUUCACUUCCCCUCGUCUGGAGUGGGUGAUUGACAGAGUCGCCCUCAAUGCCAAAGUGAUGGGCGGCUCAUUGGGAGACCACGACAAGAUGGUGGCUGUGGCCUCCGUGACAGAGAUCAUCCUGUGGUCCAUCUGUCCAGAUGGCAAUGGAAAUGAAAUCGGCGUCUUUAGUCUGAAUGUGCCGGUGGAGGCUCUGUUCUUUGUCGGCAACCAGCUGAUUGCCACCAGCCACGCUGGGAAGGUGGGCGUGUGGAACGCAGUCACCAAACACUGGCAGAACCAGGAGGUGGUUCCCAUCAGCAGCUACGACACAGCCGGCUCCUUCCUCAUUCUGGGCUGCAACAAUGGCUCCAUAUACUACAUAGACGUCCAAAAGUUUCCUCUUAGGAUGAAAGAUAAUGACCUGCUGGUGACAGAACUGUACCGGGACCCGACUGAGGACGCCAUCACUGCUCUGAGUGUUUACCUCACUCCUAAAACCAGUGACAGUGGAAACUGGAUUGAGAUCGCAUACGGGACCAGCUCUGGGACGGUUCGAGUCAUCGUUCAGCAUCCGGAGACUGUCGGCUCAGGGCCGCAGCUCUUCCAGACCUUCUCAGUCCACCGCAGCCCCGUCACCAAGAUAAUGCUGUCUGAGAAGCACCUCAUCUCAGUUUGUGCGGACAACAACCACGUGCGGACAUGGACGGUGACUCGCUUCAGAGGAAUGAUCUCCACCCAACCGGGAUCCACACCACUCACCUCCUUCAAGAUCCUCAGCCUGGAUGACGUAGACGGACACGGAGGCUGCAGCGCCGGAACAGAGAUCGGUCCGUAUGGAGAGAGAGACGACCAGCAGGUGUUCAUUCAGAGAGUUGUACCAGACACUGAUAAACUCUACGUGAGGCUGUCGUCCAAUGGAAAGAGGGUGUGUGAGGUCCGAUCUGUGGACGGUACCUCCAUCACAGCCUUUACCGUCCACGAGUGUGAAGGCUCGAGCCGCAUCGGCUCUCGGCCGCGGCGCUACCUGUUCAGCGGCCACAGCAACGGCAGCAUCCAGAUGUGGGACCUGACGACGGCCAUGGAGAUCGCUGACAAGGUCGACAUCAGAGUGCUGGGCGGGCCCACAGAGGAGGAGCUGCUGGAGCUGUUGGACCAGUGUGACCUCGCCCUGACUAGAACCCCGGACAGCACACCUAGAGCCUCCACCUGCAGUCUUCACACUCAGCUCAGUGACGGCUUACGGAUGGAGCGUAUCCACUCUGCAGGACGAGGAGCUGGGACUUCGGGGUCGUCUGCUUCGCUGUACGGCAGCCUCCCUCGACAGGCCCCUCCGGCUGUAGCCCCCAUCAAACCCAGCCUGUCAGCAGGGCCCGGCACGGCGCCGGCCUACGCCCACGGCUCCUCCAGUCCAGGUCACGCUGCCAGCCCACGGCCCUCCAGACACCUGGAUCGAGAAAGAGAGUGGGGGUCUGUCCGGAGGGGGAGCUUUGUGGAGCGCUGCCAGGAGCUGGCCAAGGGUUCUGAAGCAGCAGGUGGCGCUGGCUUCGGGCUCCCAGCGGGGCCAGAGGGCUGCAGGCGGAGCUUAGCUGUGUGCAGCGAGUUGGAGGCCCGAUUCGGCCUCAGGACCCACACCACCUUCUCUGUGUCACCCGGGGUUCGCCACUCACCUGGGAUACCCCCAUCACCGCUAUCAUCGUCGUCGUUGCACCGCAGGGCCACACCUACCUCCCCAACUAGCCCCGCCCCCACCGCAGGGAGCCCCACUCGCUCACAGACGCCUGUCUCACCUCGCCGCAGCACGGCUGCGUCCCCAGCGUCCCCAUCGUCCAUGGUCAUUGUCCCAGCGUCCCCCGAGAGUGCUCCGAGUCCCGACAGCCCUACAGCCGGUCCCCCCGCCAGCCCCAAACCACACAUGAAUGAGACCAGCUUCUGAAACGCUGAGGUUGUGACCACCCCAUCAUCUGCCAAACACCUGCUUCUGUUGCCCUGGUAACCACACACGUGGAGCUUUCCUGGCUUCCACUUUACCACAUGAUGACCUGAACCUAAUGUAAACAGAACCUAUGACAAACAGGACCAACACGUCAAUGUUUCACUACAACUGAUUAAUAUUUUUACUUUCUCAAUAAAUCAGAUCUCUCACUGACUGUUCUGAACCAGA